AAUAUAACCAAUUCAGGUAAACGUGCAUAACUGCUGAGAAGGACGGUGAUGGGAUAUGCAACACCUGAAUAAUUAAACAGUCUAUGACAGUAUUGGCAUAAUCUACGGUGUGAAGACCAACUGUUUAUUAUCUGUACUUGAUGAUUUACUGUAACGUAUUACUAUUAUUCAAGUUGUUUGAUUUUCCCACUGCCUUUAAUAAACCGAAGUUGAGUUGACUGCUCCCUGAACAACCCACUUGUGCAGACGUAUAUCCCUUACAUCUCCGAAGUAUCGUGAACGAACUUCCAUCUUAAGUUGGUAUCCCGGUACACAGAUAGUGUAAAGCGGACAUAAUCACCAGGACACAGCCAAAUUAAAUAAGCAUCAACAUGUAACACACAGAAAUGUAACUUCCUCCAGGAGACGGCAGCAGCAGACGUCAGGCAUCCUGCACUGGGACAGACGGCAGGCAUCCUGCACUGGGACAGACGGCAGGCAUCCUGCACUGGGACAGACAGCCUGGGUCACUAUCUGAAUAUACAAUGCCUGUAGCUCAGGGGUUACUUACUAGGACAUGUGUCCUGCUCACAUCGCUGGUUCUCCUGCUGAAACCUACUGUGGCCUUUUCCAGCUUUUUCUCACCCAGAGGCUUGUACUGCAGCCUGACGGAGUGCUGUGAGGAGGAAAAGCCAUUUAAGAGCUCAGCUUUGCAUACUGACCUGCGUGACAAGCUCUUCGGGCAGCACUUGGCUCAUAAUGUCAUCUUACGGGCGCUGACGGGAUUUAUGAACACUGAAAACACCAAGAAACCUCUGACCUUAUCACUACAUGGCUGGACCGGAACUGGGAAGAACUUUGUCAGCAAAAUUAUUGCAGAGAAUAUUUACGAGCAGGGGAUGAAAAGCAAAUCUGUCCAUCUCUUUGUAUCCAGCCUGCACUUCCCACAUGACGGAUUGAUCUCUCUGUACAGGGACCAGUUGCAGUCUUGGAUUCGGGGGAACGUCAGCCGUUGUGCUCGCUCUAUAUUUAUAUUUGAUGAGAUGGACAAGCUUCACCCUGGUCUUAUCGAUGCCAUCAAGCCUUUCCUGGACUAUUAUGAAGACCUUGAUGGAGUGUCUUACCAUAAAGCUAUCUUCAUUUUCCUCAGUAACGCAGGAGGUGAUCUGAUCAAUAGAGAAGUGCUGGAGUACUGGAGGACGGGGAAGAAGAGAGAGGAUUUACAGUUACACCAUAUGGAAUAUGUGCUCUCCCUAGGAUUAUUCAACAACAAAAACAGUGGGUUUUGGCACUGCAGCCUGAUUGAGAAGAACCUUGUUGACUUCUUCAUCCCCUUCCUGCCACUGGAGCUCAGACACGUGAAGAAAUGCAUCUUAGCAGAACUAAGACAGCGCGGGCUAAGAGAGGACGAAGAGCUGGCAUCACAGGUGGCUAAAGAGAUGACUUAUUUCCCAAAAGAAAACAAGAUAUUCUCUGACAAAGGCUGCAAAACUGUGUUGGCUAAACUGGACCUUCAUCUGUAGCCGCUGCCAUGUCUCCAUGCUACCAACACAGCAAUAAUGGCCCCACGGCCUUUAGAGACAGACUGCCAUCCCUCAUUAUACCGUUCGUCUUAUUCCCCCAGAGUCUGAUUUGGGAUCAUUGCUAGUCACACUUAAUGGCUGUUACAUGUGUUACAUAUAUACCUUCAGGCCUAAGAGAUACACCAGCGUGGCCUUACGUCUAACCAGAUAUCAGCGAUAACAAGCAGAAACCAUUCUGUACCCUGCUCUUGGUUCUUAUCUCCUUAAUCUUGUUCUCUAUGGCUCCCGGCCCGUGCUUUAGCAUUGCGUAUGAAUUUCUAUUGUGGAGGUUUCUGUAUGGGAUGUGUGUUGUAGCAUUAUAUAAAACUGUUCUAUUUUAUUUCUGUCUCAAGUUGUAGACAUGAGGCCCAUUAUUUUACCAGUAACAUGCUGGGUCUAAUGCUGGGUACACACCUGUACAAUCACACCAUCAAUGCAAUUUUAUUUUCAAUUUCACUUAUGUUGGGAAGUCCCGAUCCCCAGUGCCGAUACGCACGUACACACCUAUACAAUCUAACUUGCCAUCUUGAUGCCUACGCCCCCCCACAUCUAAGAUAUCAAAUAAAAAGACACAAGGGCAGCCCUGCUGCUGGAAGACCAUUGGUAGAACGGGUGGCAGUGCGUACACAGGGCCUGUUUUAAAGAUGGAUGCUGUUAGCACCGCAUGGCCACUGUUCUAAAAUAUGCAUAAGUUGCAGGAGGCGUCCUGAGUUAUAACUUGCCCUCUGCUGGCAUCCGAGGACUGGCAUCAGAUCAACUGAGUUACCAUUGGAUAUCUGAGUAAUGUCAGGUUACUCAGGAUGUCCAGUUAAAUCACACAGCCGGGGCCAGUCAUGUUACGUCCAAGGACGCAGCCACUGGCUUCGGCAUGCCCAGAAAAUGGGCCGUCGUGUCCCUGUUUUCUGGGGCACUUCCUGACAAUCAUGCUGUUGAAUUCUGGGCACAGCAAGCGACGUCACAGCCCCAGAUCUGCACAUGAACAGCGCAGAUCUAAACAUAUCGGAGGUUACAUACAACUAUGAAUUAGGUCCACACUUCACUUUUGGGCCGAUAUCGCAUCAGAUCUUAAGAUAAAACAAUGAUGGAAGGGGCAUACACACUCUUGCAGUAUUGCUUGCACAGGUCGGGAACUAGAAUGACCUGGUGUGUGUGCCCAGCUAUACACUAGAGAGGAGAGGUCUCAAACCUUUGAGAGAGAUAAGGUUGCCCAUAGCAACCAAUUAGAUUCUAGCUAUUAUUUAUUCAGUUUCUCUCAGAGGUUUGAUACAUCUCCCCCUAGAUGGGAGGGAGUACAUAUGAAAUACACAUACCGACAGCAGACAGGGUAUUUUUACCCUCCCCUAACACUUGGGGGGAAGGGGGGGGGGGUGGCUAUGAUUAACCACCCCCAGUGUCUGAGCCUUCCCCAUCCGAGCCCUAAUCCUGAACCCCGAUACUCACCUUCGGGAUGUCAGUGAUCUGGCGCCGCUCACCUGAGUGGGGGGAGAUCAUGUCAAGCAAACCUUACUGCCUUUUUAUGACUGUGUGAUUAAAGUGAUGGAUAAAGGUGGAGCCGUGGAUAUAGCUUUGCUUACUAGACUUUAGUAAGGCUUUUGACACAUUGCAGACUGAUAAAUAAACUUGGGAUUGGAUACUAAGAUUAUUUUAUAUAUAGUUAACCUAUCUUGCACAAUUAACCUUUUCAGUGCAGCCUGGUUUUACUCAUAAGGUCCACCAAACCCAUACAAAGUGACACAAUACAAAACAGGAGGGAAACCCGUGGCGCAAGAAAAAGGAAACAAGCAAUGAAUAACACAACCUGAAACUAUAUAUGAUUGUCGGCUAUCUUGAUUUGUCCUUCCUUUAGUGCAUACAACUUCAGUCCAAAGUAUGUAACCUCAGAAUAAAAAGAAUUUAGUGCAACA